ACGAACCAAACAUCAACGAAGCAAAUACAAACCGGAUAAUUAAAUAAACGCUGUUAUUUUUAUCAGUUUUCUCUGUUUUACGCGGUCAUAAUGUCUGAUGAGGAGGAGGACUACAUGUCUGACGCAUUUCUCAGUAAAAUACAAGAUGUGAAACCAGGUGUCAGCAUGGUGAGGCGGGUGAAGGAGGCGAUGAAGAAGGAGACACAGCAGAAGGAGACGAACAUCAAGAACCGUCAGAAGACCUUCAAGGAGCAGUCAGAGGAGAGCAGAGAGGUAGCUUUACAAAGCUCCAUUAGCAAUGAGAACAAGGGAUUCGCACUUCUGCAGAAAAUGGGUUACAAAGCUGGUCAAGGCCUCGGGAAGCAGGGAGCAGGGAGGGUUGAUCCAAUUCCUCUAAAUGUCAAAACCGACAGAGGCGGCAUUGGAAUGGAAGAGGUGAAGAAAAGAAAAGCUGAGGAGGAACUCGAACAUUAUCGGCAGAAAGUGCGAGCCAAACAACAGAACGAGACCAAAUCUCUGGAGGAUUUUAGGUCAAGAGUGAGGACGGAGAGAGAAGAGCGAAAGAUUGAGGGAGAUCUCAGAAGGAGUCAGCGAGCCUGUGAGCAGCUCGACAGUCAGAAGGGCAUCACUGUCCCCAGGGAAGACUGGUACUGGCCUAAAGAGGAGACUGAUGAUGAGGAAGAUGAAGAUGAUGAUGAAGAUGAUGAUGAGGAGGAGGAGGAGGAGGAGAAGGAGGAAAAGGAAGAAGAGGAGAUAGUGGAAUUAACAUCCUUUGACAAACUGCAAAUUAUUACGUCCUAUUUGAGAGGACACCAUUUUUACUGCAUAUGGUGUGGGACCACCUAUAAUGAUGAAGAGGACUUGUGCUCUAACUGUCCCGGCGAUACAGCAGCAGACCACGAAUGAACUAUAAUUAAAAUAAUUGCAGUAGUUUUCAGGAAAAAAAACUACUGCAAAUACAAAUGUUUGUUUCUGUUUAUUAAUUUAUCAUCCUAGGACUUCGAUGUUCAUGCUGUUUGUCGGUGGAGGUUUUGACUUUUUCUUUACAUUUAGAAAUCCCGCGGGAAAUGUUAGGAUACCUUUUUAAUGUUUAUAUUUUGGAAAGAUGUACUAAGAUUUUUGAGACAUGUUUCAAGAGCAACUGCAUACAUGUGUUUUUAUUAAAUGUUUCAAGAAUUAAACCUUUUUGUUUUGUAUAUUGUUUUAUUUUAGGUUCUUAUAAUACAAUAAAC